AUAUGCCAAGACUGCUACUUUUUAAAUGUUUUCUUCCCACUUUUAAAAGUUUGCUGCCUAACAAUGAAUUACUAUGUUGUUAUUUUAAUGCCCUGGGAAUGCUGUCAUCUCAUUUGGAAGACGCUGCCUUCUAUGAGCACCAUUGCAGGAUCAAUGGAAGCGUAUAACACAUCCUCUACAGACUUCACUUUCAUGGGGCUGUUCAACAGAAAGGAAACCUCAGGUCUUCUUUUCGCCGUCAUCUCCAUCAUCUUCUUCACUGCACUGACGGCCAAUGGGGUUAUGAUCUUCCUGAUCCAAACAGACUUGCGCCUUCACACGCCCAUGUACUUCCUCCUCAGCCACCUCUCCUUGAUUGACAUGAUGUACAUUUCCACCAUUGUGCCUAAGAUGCUGGUGGAUUAUCUGCUGGAUCAAAAGACCAUUUCCUUUGUUGGGUGCACGGCUCAACACUUCCUCUACCUUACCCUCGUGGGAGCUGAAUUCUUCCUUCUGGGCCUCAUGGCCUAUGACGGCUAUGUGGCCAUCUGCAACCCUCUGCGAUACCCUGUCCUCAUGAACCGCCGGGUCUGUUGGAUGAUUAUAGCAGGUUCUUGGUUUGGGGGCUCUUUGGAUGGCUUUCUCCUAACCCCCAUCACCAUGAGCUUUCCCUUCUGCAGUUCCCGGGAGAUUAACCAUUUCUUCUGUGAGGCACCGGCAGUCCUGAAGCUGGCAUGUGCAGACAUAGCCCUCUACGAGACGGUGAUGUAUGUGUGCUGUGUUUUGAUGCUGCUGAUUCCUUUCUCUGUAGUCCUCGCUUCCUAUGCCCGAAUCCUGACCACAGUUCACCGCAUGAGCUCAGUGGAGGGCAGGAAGAAGGCAUUCACCACUUGUUCCUCCCACGUGACUGUGGUGUCUUUGUUCUACGGGGCUGCCAUGUACACCUACAUGCUGCCACACUCUUACCACACACCAGCCCAGGACAAAGUGCUCUCUGUGUUUUACACCAUUCUCACGCCCAUGCUGAACCCCCUUAUCUACAGCCUUAGAAACAAGGACGUGACUGGAGCUCUGAAGAGAGCACUGGGGAGGUUCAAGGGUCCUCAAAGGGUGUCAGAAAGCGUCUUUUGACAGUCAACUCCUUCCCAUGAGUGUGGCAAAUGGGAGGUUCUGUGGCGACUGUGACUAUGCUUUCACUGAAAGAUGAAGUGAAAAGGGAGGAGUGACAUUAUGACAAUGUCGGUUUUUGGUCCAGGGUUUCUGGUUCAUGAUUCCAUAGUCAUGUUACAAUGUUGUGGUGCUUUAGGCUUCAGAAUCAGUUCUCAAAAAACUGACUCUCUCUCUGUGACCUUCUCCUUCCUUCUUUUCACCUGCUUCUUUUUCUCCCCAAAGCAAGCCUUAGAAACUAAAAACAUAAUCCAAUCUUUCCCCACUUUUGGCGAUAAAGAAACUAUCUGACUACCUUGUCUGACGGUAGGUCAUAAGACCUCUGUUUCAAAAGAGGUCCUCUUCUCAUGCCCUGGAGGAGGGAACGCUGUACAGAGAGGCCAAGAAGAAUCUGAUCAGACCGGGCUUCAUGGCUGUCCCCACUCUGUCUAUCAACAUUAGGUCGUACUCUUUUUGUUCAAUCAUAUUUCUAUACCAUUGUCCAUGUUUCAAUCAUGACUAUUCAAUAAAGUCUUCAUAAACGGAGAAGCUAUGGAAAACUUCUGCACAGCUAAACUCAUGAACCCACCCACGUGCCUGGAGGGUGGCCUGCCACAACUCUACAGAGACAGACGCUCUUGUGUCUUCCAGACCUCACCUGUGUGUCUUUUCAUCUGGCUGUUUAUAUGUAUCCUUCAUGAUUUCAUUUAUAAUAAAUGGUAAACAUAAGUAAGUGUUUCCUUGAGUUCUGUGAGCCUCCAUAGCUGAUUAACUGAACCCAAGGAAGGGCUGUGGGAUCCCCAAUUUAUAAUCAGUCGGUCAAAAGCACAGGACAAUUUGGGGCUUGUGAUUGGCAAUGGAAAUGGAAGGCAGUAUUAUGGGAUUGAGCCGUCACUCUGUGGGAUCUGACACUGUUUCCACACAGAAUGUGGCAGAUGGGCAUGGGAGUACAGCUUGGGGUAGAGCAUUUGACUGUAGAUAGUGCAGAAUGCAGUUGAUUUGGAGGACAUCCAAUUGGUGUCCCCGGAAGAAAUGAUUGUUUGCUUUGUGUGUAUCCAAAUUCCCCACUCAUUUGGUCUCAGACAUCUUCUGUGUUGAUUGUUGUGUGUUAUGGAGGCAGAGGAAUGACAGUGUCAGUGUGCUUUCUUCCUCAAAGAGCGUUCACUUGGCAGAAACAAAUUAAUUAAUGUAAAAAACAUAUCCUUUUGAUCUCUUUUCUUUCUCUUCUCUUUUUUUCUUAUAUGUUCUCUUUCUCCUGCC